AUCACAAAAUAGACCAACAAACAUCACAAAUCCAGCACUGUCGUCGGAAAAUACUUUUACGCCGUCACUAGUCGUUGGAAAGUCUCCUCCGAGCAGUAGAAAAUCUCUCUCUGGGGGGAAUUCAGGUGGGGAGUAUUUUGACAAGAGUCCCAAGCGCACAAGUCGCCGGAAAGGACGGGGACGGAAGCCGCCGUAAGGCGUGGGAAAAGUUCCCGGCGUCGGAAAAAUUUUCAGGCCGUGGAGUCUUUUGACAAAAGUCCCAAGCGCACAAGCCGUCGGAAAGGACGGGGACGGAAGCCGCCGGAAGGGACGGGACGGGAAAAGUUCUCGGUGUCGAAAAAAAUUUCAGGCCGCGCGGAGGGAAUUGUAAAGCAGCUGUAGGAAGGGACAGAGACGGGAUAAUUUUUUAUUUUAUUCAUUUUAUAAUUAUAAAUUAAAAUAAUUAUGCAAUUACUAAAUUACCCUUCAUUCAUUUAGAUUAAUCUGAACCAUUAGAUUUUAAUGAGGUGGAAGGGUUGAGAUUUACUUAGUCAUGUGACUAAGACACCUAGUGAUGGCAAUUUCAACCCGCCCUGCGGGUAUUACCCGACCUUAUCCGCGAUGAGGCGGGUAUUACCCGACCCGCAGUAGCGUGGGGCGGGACAUGGGUAUCUACUUCCAACCCGCCCUGCCCCGUUCUAGACUCAUUUUAUCUCAAUUUCUUACAAUAUCUAUACAUAUUUCUCUUAUUUUGACUUUUCUUCAACUAGUUAGAGUCGAUCUUUCAACUUGUUAGACUCAAUUAUCCAUUAUAUUAUCAAUAUUUUUCAUUUUUAAAGUGUUUUUCCUACGUUUUAUUGUAAAAAGUAAAAUUUACUUGUAUUUUUUUUUGAACAACAUGUAAGAGUGGGUCGACCCGCCCGCCCCGUUCCCGCACGGGUUUUACCCGCCCCGACCGUAGUAGCAUCGGGCGGGGCAUGGGAAUUGAGGUACCCGCCCUGCCCCGCCCCAUUGCCAUCACUAAAGACACCUCCUUUAGUCACCUGAUCUUAGCCCCUAAAUGAGUUGACACUCAAUUCAAAUCCAACUCUACCCAAAGUAGGGAUGGACACGUGGGUGGUUAAUCCGCGGAUUGACAUCGAUCCACCCGCAAAUAACCCGACCCGCACGCAAUGGGUGAUUGAUGUGGGUGGAUUGCGGAUUGUAAAAUCUCCCACCCGCACUUAUGUGGGUGGAUGGUGGGUGGAUUGCGGGUCACCCGUAUGACCCGCGUCCUAUUUUUACAUGGGAAAAUGUUGUUUCUUAUAGUAUCGAAUAUUUAUCAUAUUUUCGAACUACACUAUAGUCUGACCAACUUCAAAAAGUGGAGAAUAAAGAAUAGUUUUGACACAAUCAAAAUAAAAAUUAUUCAUACAAUCUUACUAAUCUGCUAUGAACUUAUUAUAAAUGUUAGUCAAUUUUCUUAAUGGCUAGUUGGAGAAUUGCUUUUGCGGGUUAACCAGCGACCCAACCGCACCCAUCUGUCACCCACCCAACCCAACCCACAUAAGUAUGUGAGUGGAUUGCGGGUCACAUAUUCCAACCCACUAGUAAGUGGGUGGGUCAAUUUUAGACCAAAAUCCACCCAACUCGCCCAUUGCCCACCCCUAACCCAAAGUGAUCUAUUAAGAAGAGAAAACAUGGCGAAAGCCUAACUUUGGACCAAAACAUUAGCUCAUUCCUUUCCAAACAAAAAGAUCCCCAUUUUCAUCUUGGUAAGUGGUAACAAGGAAGCCAACAUUGUCCCAUUUGAGGUUGUGUUAUAGAACGCGCUUCUUCUUUUGUUUCUGCCAUUGAAACAUUCCAACUCAGCCAACAACAUUACUGGUCAAUGCCUCCAUUGUUCAUCCAUCUAAGCACCGUCCCUGUCAGUGUUAAAAUUGAAAACCCCAUUAGCCUAAACAAUGGAAGGAACCAUCAAAGAAAGCAGCCACCGCAAAACCUAAUAAUAACAAAACCCAUCAUUUAGAAAAGAAAAGUCUCCUAUCCUAUCAUUCCCCUCCCCUGUUUCUCUGGCCCCUGUUUUUUCUCCCUUCUGAUUAUCCCUCCCCUGUUUUUUUUCUCACUUCAUUUCCCCUCAACUUUUGGUUUUCAGGCCUCCUCCGAUCCAACUUCCUCUCUUUCCCCGCCUUCCUCCCCCUCCGGCCGCCUGCAGCCAGCCACCAUGAUGGCGGCGGCACUGCAAUCCGACCAGAUCCAGCAAUUGAAGGACAUCUUCAUGCGGUUCGACAUGGACUCCGACGGCAGCAUCACCCACCUGGAGCUCGCCGCCCUCCUCCGCUCCCUCGGCCUCAAACCCACCGGCGACCAGCUCCACUCCCUCCUCUCCAACAUCGACGCCAACGGCAACGGCUACGUCGAGUUCGACGAGCUCGUCUCCGCCAUCCUCCCGGACAUCAACGAGGAGGUCCUCAUCAACCAGGAGCAGCUCCUCGAGGUCUUCCGGUCCUUCGACCGCGACGGAAACGGCUACAUCACCGCCGCCGAGCUCGCUGGAUCCAUGGCCAAGAUGGGCCACCCGCUUUCCUACAAGGAGCUGUCGGAGAUGAUGUGCCAGGCCGACACCAAUGGGGACGGCGUCCUCAGUUUCCAGGAGUUCGCCAACAUCCUCGCCAGAUCCGCCGCUGAUUUUCUCGGCCUCGCCGUCAAGUGAUCACCGUCGCCGUCGCUGCCGGCGGUUUUCUAGAUCGUGGAGGGGGGGAAGAAGGGGAUGAAGAAAAAAAGAAAAAAAACAGAGGAACAGGAUGGUUGGAUCAAGUGUAUCAUAAUGAAUUAACCUUUUACAUUUUCUCAUCAUUCUCUUCAAUUUUUUUCUUGUUUUGUUCUCCAGGCUAAUUUUCUGUGUACAGAGGAAAAGGAAAAAAAAUUGAUGGUGAUUAAUGAACGCUUAAUCUUAAUUGUGUUUUGUUUUUCUCCUUAAUUACUUUAGUUACCUCCCUUGAAUGUUGUUCUUAACUUCAUAACGAUAGAAUCCAGUUUUGAAGUUUUCCGUAUACGAGAAUACAGACACGUACGUUCGAGCCUAUGUAUUUGCGCAAAGAAAUCGAACAAAUUUAUAAAAGCUAAGUGUUUUG